AUGGGUCCGACCAGCCGUGACGAGAUUGAGAUCGCUAUCAUAUGCGCCCUUCCGCGGGAAGUCAACGCCGUCGAAGCCUUGCUGGACGAAACCUACAACAGACUUCGCAAUGAACACAUGAAGGAUUAUAGAGAUGUGAACGUCUAUACAAUUGGACGAAUGGGGAAGCACAACAUUGUCGUGUGUCCUAUGCCACGUAUGGGUAAGGUGAGCGCAGCUGGCGCGGCUACGAACUUGCGAUUCAGCUUCCCGAACCUUCGACUGGCAUUGCUCGUCGGCAUAUGCGGUGGCGUCCCAUUUCCGUCAAGCGGUGCGUCGGAGAUAUUCCUCGGAGAUGUCCUCAUCAGCGAUAGUAUGAUUGAGUAUGAUUUCGGCAGGCAGUAUGCGGGUGGCUUCCAGCGGACGUCUGGCGUGAAGGAGAGACUUGGACGACCGAAUCAAGAAAUAAGAACGCUCUUGUCGGCGCUGAGGAGUAGUGAGGUAUAUGGUUCAUUUCAGGGGCAGCUAAGCAAGCAUUUGGAUGAUAUACAAGCGCUGAAUGAGAGGUGGAUGUGCCCGGGCGUUUCGCGGGAUGUUGUCUUCGAGGAAUCAUACCGGCAUUCGCAUCGGACGAUCGACCUACGUCAACACUGCGACUGUGCUAACGGUAUCUCAGUUAAUUGCGCUCGUCACGGUCGCGAAAAUACGCAUGCCCGUCGUCGUCGAUCCAGCGAGAACUCUAAUCAUAUCAAUGUACACAUUGGUACAUUUGGGUGUGCGGACAGGGUGAUGAAGUCAGGAGAACACCGGGAUUUGUUGGAAAAGAAUGAAGGAAUUAUCGGAAUUGAGAUGGAAGGCGCCGGAGUAUGGGAUAAUCUUCCAUGUGUCAUCAUCAAGGGGGUCUGCGACUAUGCAGACAGCCACAAAAACAAGGCAUGGCAGAACUACGCCGCAGCCACGGCGGCUGCUGCUGCUAAAGCUCUUUUGUGGUGUUGGGAACACAGUGCUAAAGCAGAGUCGCGUGCGGUGCAGAAAGUGGACAUGCCGAUUCCGAUCCCAAAGACGGUCUUUUCUGGGCGGAAGAUCGAUUUAGAACAAAUUGAGCGAAAACUUGGACGGCCCGAGCGAGGCAGAAAAGGCGCCGUACUCUGGGGACUCAGUGGCUAUGGCAAGACACAGUUGGCACUCCACUAUAUAACGAUGCACAACCCUUCCUAUGGUGCCAUUUUGUGGAUCGACAGCUCGUCUGCGGACUCGGUCCACGAUUCCUUUGUUCAGGUCUUAUCGAAGCUUGGUAUAAACGUCAAUGAAGAGCAGUCGGCUGUUGAAAUAGUCUUGGAGUGGUUGGAGCAAGACCUGAAUCGUUCUUGGAUCAUCGUAUUCGAUGGGGCUGAUGGCCGUGAGGAUCCGAAUGAACCUGAUUAUAUAGAUCUCAGGAAGUACAUUCCAUCCUGUGACCAUGGCCAUGUGUUGCUAACAACCAUAUCAUCUGAUCUUCACCUUCGGCUGGACUUUGCAGGGAUCCAAGUGAAUGGUGUUGACGAGCAAGCAGGCUCUGAAAUCCUUCUGAGGUGGUCCGGCAGCAGUAUCUCGAACUCUUCAGCCCCAGCGACUGCGAAGGCAAUUUCGCGGCGGCUUGGAGGAGUGCCUCUUGCCUUGGAACAAGCGGGCUCAUUCUUAUCGUACGGCAUCACUUCUCUAACCGAAUACAAUCGACAAUUCGAGAGACAAUUUGUUGAAACGACAUUCGAAACACCCUUUGCCAAGUAUUUUGAGUCUUACGAGAAGGGGCGCACUCUCUGGACAGCGUUUGAAAUGUUGUAUGACGCUCUGAGCAGGCAGAGGGGCGACUCAGUGAAACUUUUACAUCUUCUCGCUCUCCAGGAUCGUGGCCAGAUACCUUUCUCGGCCAUUUCGAACGCUGUUGCCCAGUGUGACGAGAACCCUGGAUCAUCCGAUCUGACCUGGUUGCUCCAUCUGCAUUCACAGAUGGACGACUUUGCGUCUGCGCUUAGGGAGCUAGAGGUGUCCGGGCUUGUCAAGUUCAACCGGAAGCGUUCGGAUACUGUGAUUGACAGUUUCUUCAUCCAUGACAUGGUGCGCUUCUUCGUACGGCUUAAAUUGUCCAAGGAGGACAUAUUCGACAAUGCGGCAUUCGCCCAUGGUACAGCUAUUGCGGCUGGGAGAUUCAGUAACGCAAUCACUGAUAACCCUAGGCGAACUGCGUUAUUGCUGUGA